AUGAUGCAAGGCAUGCAGGGACAACAACCUCCUGUUCAAGUUCCCGUUCCUCAAGCUGCAGCUGGACCUGAUUUUCGUGCCUUCUUCAGGAUGGAUCCUCCAGAGUUUGUUGGCGGACUUGAUUCACUCUUGGCUCAUGAUUGGUUAGCUGGUAUGGAGAGGGUGUUUCAAGCUAUCCAGUGUACUGAAGAAGAAAAAGUGAUCUUUGCUACUCAGAAGAUGAAGGGACCAGCUCUUAGGUGGUGGAACACUGCAUCCACUUAUUUCAACACACAGGAGAUUCCUAAGGAUUGGCAACACUUCAAAGUGGCAUUCUUGGAGAAGUAUUUCCCUAAUAGUGUGAGGACUCAGAAGGAACGUGAAUUCCAGAACUUCAAGCAGGGUGAGAUGUCUGUUUCAGAAUAUGCAGAGAAGUUCGAGGAUUUGGCUGAUUACUCCCGACAAGCUGCUUAUGCUCCAGAUGAACUAUGGAAGAUUGACCACUUGAAGAGGGUUCAAGAAGAGAGGAACCAGAACAAGGCUAAUUUUAGGGAGCAAGGGAGAUCUACUCAACAUUUGAGGCCCCGUAACCCUCCAUCAAAGAAGAAGCAGGUUUAUGGUGACCAAUCAGCUCAACCGCCUUAUUGUCGCAAGUGUAAUAGGAAGCACACUGGGGAGUGCCCCAACUCUUCAGUGACUUGUUACGAGUGUGGCGAGCCAGGUCACAUAUCCAGAUUCUGCCCCAAGAGGAGAGCUUCUGGGAAGACUACCGGUCGAUUGAUUGUGGAGCCACUCAUUCUUUUAUCUCCACCGAGUGCGUCUACCGACUUGGUUUGGAGGUUAUUCCGUUACCUGAACCCAUGA